AUGAAACAGAUAACUGAAGACACAAACUCCUGGAAUGAAUCAAUACAUGAAACAAAUAACUCUGUGGUUACAGAGUUUAUUUUUCUUGGACUAUCCAAGUCUCGGGAACUUCAGAUUUUCCUAUUUCUGUUCUUUUUGGUUUUCUACAUAGGAAUUGUUUUGGGAAACCUUCUUAUUGUCAUAACUGUGACUUCUGACUCCUACCUUCACUCCCCCAUGUACUUUCUGCUGGCCAACCUGUCCCUCAUUGAUCUGUCUCUGUCCUCAGUCACAGCUCCCAAGAUGAUUGGUGACUUUUUCAGCAAGCACAAAGUCAUCUCUGUCAAGGGAUGCUUUGCACAGAUAUUUCUCCUUCACUUUUUUGGUGGGAGUGAAAUGGUGAUCCUCAUAGCCAUGGCCUUUGACAGGUAUGUGGCAAUUUGUAAGCCCCUACGCUACAGGAUGAUUAUGUGUGGCAAUGUGUGUGUGGGCAUUGUGGCUGCAGCAUGGGGAACUGGCCUCCUCCACUCUGUGAGCCAGCUGGCAUUUGCAGUGAACUUACCUUUCUGUGGUCCCAAUGAGAUUGACAGCUUUUACUGUGACCUUCCAAAGGUAAUCAAGCUUGCGUGUACCGACACCUACCAGUUAAACAUCAUGGUCAUUGCUAACAGUGGUGUGCUCACUGUGUGUUCUUUUGUUCUCUUAAUUGUUUCCUACACGAUCAUUGUACUGACUGUCCAGCUCCAGCGCUGCCCUUCUGAUAGAUCAUCCAAGGCCCUUACCACUCUGACUGCUCACAUCACAGUGGUUCUUUUGUUUUUUGGACCAUGCAUCCUCAUUUAUGCCUGGCCAUUUGCCGUGGAGUCCUUGGAUAAAUUCCUCGCUGUUUUCUAUUCUGUGGUCACUCCACUCUUGAACCCAAUUGUAUACACGCUGAGGAACAAAGACAUGAAGACUGCGCUGAGACGACUGAGAAAACAGAAUGUGAACUCCAUAGUAAGGUCUUAG